UAUGUUCCGUCUAACGUACUUUUUCUUUUUGUUAUUCCUUUUAUAUCCCGCUUUUUCCUUGAAAAAGCCAGUUAUUCUUAUUCCUGGCUUGGGCGGAUCACAGAGCUAUAAAGUUUUAGACAAAGAUCAUAAUGCUACUCGCAUUUGGAUUGAUCCAUUAUCAUUGCUCUUUUAUCAGAAAUUUACAUCAUCUUUUAGACUUACAUAUAACUAUUCUACAAAAAGGACAACAGACCUUUCCAGUAAUAAUUUCUUCCCCGGCUGGGGUGAAAUUUGGUCAAUUUCUCAUAUCGGAGGAGUUUUCGGAUUUCCCAUUAAAUAUUUUAAUACUUUGGCUUCGGAGCUUCUAAAAGAUCCAUUUUAUAUUGAUAAUUUUACUAUUCGUGGAGCUCCUUAUGAUUUUAGAAAAUCUCCAUGUAAGCAUACAUUUACUUUUUUUAUUGAGGCAAUUUAUAUUAACUAUCUUAUCUAUCUUUGA